AUGUUGUCGAGCAUAUUCAUGACCUCGUUCCUUUUCGGCGCAUCCUUUGCCGCUUCUUCACCAACUGUAGUUUGCGUUGCCGGUCAAUGCCUCCAGGGUACCACCAACACGACCAUCGGCGCCACUUUGUCUGCGUCUGGCGCACCCGCCAGUCUCCUCCUCCUGCCCGGACAGUACACGUCGUCGUCAAAUCCAUCCCUCCUCCACGACACCCUCACGUCCUCCGGCGCCACGAUUUCGUCCUCCCCCGGUUUGAUGCGAACACCUCCUUGCCCCUCAACUCGCCCUUCAACCCGGAAUCGCCGUCUAUCCCCAGUCCAAGUACUCGGGCGAUGCCUCGUUCACUCAGCUCCCCGGCUCCCCGCUGAACGGCUCCAAGAUCUCCGCCGGUCCCUCGCGCUCUCGUCCAACGUCUGGGCCGCGCUCUCUUCUGGGAACAACGACCGGGUGAUCUUCUGGGACACCAUCCCCGACGUUUCCCAGCUCCCGUCGGGCGCGUCCGCCAUCUCCCAGCUCCUCGAUCUCCAGUCGUCCGCCUGCUCGCCGCCCUGCGCCGGGGCUGGCGUCUGCUCUGCGUCUGGGACCUGCGAAUGCCCUACUGGUUUCAACGGGACCUCCUGCGAAACUUGCAGCAAGGGCUUCUUCGGGCCCAAGUGCCAGGCGUGCCCCGCGAACUGCACGACCUGCGACGACGGCAUGACGGGCUCGGGCAGGUGUCUCGAGCCCAUCGUCGCGAACGCGCCCUCGAGCUGCAACUGCCAGAACGGCGAAUGCCAGUCCAACGGCCAGUGCACCUGUCUCCCUGGGUGGACCACGGCGACCAACGGCACCGCGUGUGCCAAGUGCGCCACCGGCUUCUUCCUGAGCCCGGACGGGAACUGCGAAGUCUGCGGUCUCGGAUGCACCGCGUGCGCGGACGGGAACGGCGAGUGCUUGACCUGCAAGUCCGGCCAGACCCAGAACGCGAACGACCGCACGCAGUGCAUCGCCCAGCAGUCGACGACGUCGACGGGCACGGUCUGCCCCGACGGGAGCUUUAGCGACGGCGCCUCCUGCCAGGCGUGCUCUCCGUUGUGCCAGACGUGCUCCGGUGCCUCUUCCAACGACUGCAUCGUGUGUGGCGCGGGCAAGUACACCUUGAACGGAACCUGCGUCGGGACGGAUGGGAACGGCGUUUGCAGCGGCACGACGUUGGUGGCGGACAACAAUAAGCGCGAGUGCGAUUCAUGCCCUUCCAAGUGCACGAAAUGCCAGUUCUCGAGCUUCAACGUUGCGACAACCAUCGACCAAGUGCAAUGCACGGACUGUCUCCCGGGCUUCUGCCCCACAGGGACGUUCCUCGAUCCGAAGGAUAACGUCACUUGCUCAGCCUGCGACUCGUCCUGCGGAACUUGCGUCGGAUCUUCCACGUUCUGUCUGACGUGCUCGAACAACCAACUCGCGUCGAGCGGCAAGUGCGUCGCGUCGUGCCCAUCCAACACUUUCAGUGCCUCCGGCCAAUGCGUCACUUGCCACCCCGACUGCGCGACAUGCUCCGGUAGCGGGUUCAACCAGUGCUCGAGCUGCCCGUCGGACCGUCCCGUCCUCACCAACGGCCGCUGCCUGCCCACCUGCAGCAAGAACCAGUUCUUCGACACAACCUCGUCCUCGUGCCUGUCUUGCGACUCGAGCUGCUCGAGCUGUUCGGGUCCGGCCCAGCAACUGCCUCGCGUGCUCGAGCAACACCCAAGUCUCCGGAGCGGAACCUGCGUCGCCGCCAACUGCGCGGAUUCGACGUCGGUCAUCUCCGGGCUGGGUGUCUGCCUCUCUGACCCCCCGAUCACCGGCAUCAACACGCCGACGACGAACACGAACACGACCACAACGCGCCCGCUCCAGUGGUGGGAGAUCCUCCUGAUGGCGCUCGGUGCGCGUUCAUCUUCCUGCCUUCAUCUUCUGCUGGCGCCGCCGGCCCGCAAGCGCCGCGCCGCGCAGACCGCCAACUUCGCCGCCGCGAAGCGCCUCCCCCACAAGGGCGACUGGCGGUACCGCCUCGCGCGCUUCGGCGAGCGGCUCUUCGGCCACCGCUCGCAGGGCCGCUGGAUGCUCCCCCGCCACCGCCAGGAGGCCGCGCCGCCCCCGGCGUACUACUCGGACGACAUCCGGAUGGGCAAGGUCAACGAGGCGCGCUACUCGGACUACUCCGACCUCGACCGCGACCGCGACCUCUCCCAGCGGGACAUGGACCAGAAGCGCAAGCUCCGGGCCGCCGAGGACGCGCGCCACUCGCGCGACAUCGACCGCCUCAUCGACGCCCGCGCACUCGUCGACGAGUCGAUCUACUCGCAGGUGACGGGCCAGCCGCGGCGGACGCCGGAGCCGCGCAUGCCGGUGAAGGACCGCGAGGUCGCGCGCGAGCGCGACUGGGACGUCCCCACCGCGCCGGCGAACCGGCUCUCGGCGGGGACGACGUACUCGAGCUGGCUGCUGCCGGAGCGGCCGCGGGAGCAGCGGCCGCCGACGCCGGCGCAGGAGUACGCGCGGACGGUCGCGGCGCAGGCGCAGCAGCCAGCGCCGCGGCUGGACGGGUACACGCGCGGGGCGUACUGGGUGCAGCCGACGCACACGGGCGGGAGCGGGGACAGCGGCGGGUCGCGGAACCCGUUCCUGCGUUGA